UGCUCGCAUUCGACCAGUGAACAGAGAACCGGCAACACCAAAAAAUAAACAAAAGUAAUAUUUUUCAAAAUGUGCAUUUUCAUCGAUUGUUUAUUGAGCCCUUUAAUACUGUGGCCGGCAAUUAUCGGCGUGGGUAUCUACCUCUUGAAAGGGUACAUGCAAGGCGGCCAGUUCACGAAGGAUACUGAUGAGACCGGAAAAGUAUUCAUUGUCACCGGUGCCAACACGGGAAUCGGCAAGGAGACGGCUCUGGAGAUUGCCAGACGUGGAGGAACCGUCUACAUGGCUUGCAGAGAUAUGAACCGAUGCGAAAAGGCACGUAAGGAUAUCAUACAGGAGACGAAUAACCAGAACAUAUUCUCUCGAGAGCUGGAUUUGAGCUCGCUGGACUCUAUCCGUGAUUUUGUAGCCGGUUUCAAGAAAGAGCAGGAUAAACUCCAUGUCCUGAUCAACAAUGCUGGUGUGAUGCGUUGUCCUAAGACUUUAACCAAAGAUGGAUACGAAUUGCAGUUGGGUGUUAACCACGUCGGCCACUUUUUGCUGACUAACUUGUUGCUUGAUGUGCUGAAGAAAUCGGCUCCUAGUCGCAUUGUCGUCGUUUCCAGUCUGGCCCACACACGGGGCGCUAUUAACGUAGACGACCUUAAUAGCGAAAAGUCCUAUGACGAGGGCCUAGCUUACAGCCAAAGUAAGUUGGCCAACGUUCUGUUCACCCGGGAAUUGGCUAAGCGUUUGGAAGGAAGUGGCGUCACAGUCAACGCCCUCCAUCCUGGAGUGGUAGACACUGAGCUGGCAAGAAACUGGGCCUUCUUCCAGACCAACUUUGUCAAAUACCUCCUGAAGCCAAUGAUUUGGCCGCUUUUGAAGACACCGAAAAGUGGAGCUCAGACCUCAAUUUACGCGGCUCUGGAUCCGGCACUGAAGGGUGUCUCUGGCUUGUACUUCAGCGACUGCAAGCCAAAGGAUGUGGCCCCUGCAGCCUUGGACGAUAAGGUUGGAAAAUUCCUGUGGGCUGAGACCGAGAAGUGGACGGGCUUAAAUAAACCAGAAGAUAAAAAAGUUUAAAGCAGCGAGUAAGGUUAGAACAAGCUGUUUAUUUAUCUUUAAUACUAUUUGCUUUUUCCCGAAGGCAAUUUUUAAUAAAUACAUUUUUUGCUAGCUU